AUGAUCAAGCACGGCGUCUUCCCCCCGCCCCCGUUGCUAUAUAUACGCACAACAAGACGAAUUCCAUGUUAUCGACAAUCGACAAUUGGUAGCAUGAGUUCCCUGAAGACCAAAAUUCUUUUCACUGGCGCAACAGGCUACAUCGGGGGCUCUGUUUUAGAAAGAUUCCUCUCUCGCCCCGAUGCAGAUAACUUCGAAUUCACCGCGCUUGUGCGCGACACGAACAAGGCGGAAAAGCUUCGGGCAUUUGGAGUGAAGACCGUUGUCGGCUCGCUUUCAGAUGUGGCUCUGAUAGAGAGACUAGCCAGUGAUGCGGAUGCUGUUUUAGCAACGGCGGACAGCGACGAUCUCGCUGCGGCUAAGGCGACUUUGGCCGGUCUCAAGAAGAAGUUCGUGGCUACUGGUGUUCCAUCCGUAUAUAUCCACACAUCGGGAGCGGGGAUCAUUUUGGAUGACGCCAAAGGACUCGCUGCGAGCGAAGUCGUGUACGACGACACUGACGCCGCCCAAAUCGCAUCCUUGCCUGAGACACAAAUCCACCGCAAUGUCGACUUGGAGAUCAUAAAUGCUGACGUGGAAGGAUAUAUCAAAGGCUACAUUGUCGUCCCAACGCUUGUCUAUGGAUUGGCCAGUGGAAAAUUCGUCGACGCCGGAAUCCAAAAAAAGCACACUAUCAUACACCCGUGGCUCCUCUCUUCUUCUCUGGGCCGUGGGAGAGUUGGAAUAGUCGGUCAAGGCAAGAAUGUCCUGACUAACGUCAACGUCGACGACUUGGCGGACCUAUACCCCCUUCUUUGGGACGCAAUCAUAUCCAACCCACAACUUGGCCAUGGACCCGAAGGACACUUUUUUGCCGAAAAUGGCGAAAAUACAUUGUACGACCUGGCUAAGAAAUUUGGAGAGGCACUGGUUGCGCUAGGCAAGAUCGAGAACUCGGAACCCACCACAUUCACGCAGGAAGAACUCGCAGGCUCCUUCAUGGGACUUUUGGGUGGUAACGCUCGGUGUCGUGCAAAUCACGCGCGUUCCGUACUCGGAUGGAAUCCAGUCAAGACCACGAAGGAUUACUGGAAUGGUUUACACGGAGAGGUGGAGUAUCUGCUACGCAAGUAG